GAUAAAGUGUAAUUAUUGAAACUUGAAAGGGCAUGUUUUCUCAAUUUCACACUCUUUCUCCUCCCACCGCCGUCGUCUCCUCCUCCUCCUCCUCACCUGUGAAAUCUGAGCUUGUCUGAAUAAAACCAAUCCCGAUUCCAACCGCGAUUCCAGUGUUCGGCAUACUCCUGAGUUUCAUCCUUUCGGGACUCAUCUUUUAGUGGUCAGUCCCAGUCAUUUAGUUGCGAGAAUGUCAUCAAAAAUUGCUUCAAUCCGUCUAGUAAGUUCUCACCGUGAGGUCUACGAACCAUGUGAUGAUUCAUUUGCGCUAGUUGAUGCAUUACUCGCUGAUCGAACCAACCUGAUAGAGCACAACCCUAAGGUUUGUAUGGAGAUUGGUUGUGGAAGCGGGUAUGUCAUAACUUCGCUUAUACUUCUUCUCAAAAGUGAGGUUCAUGGUGUUCACUAUCUCGCCACUGACACAAACCCCAUAGCUGCAAGAGUGACAAAAGAAACUCUAGAAGCACAUGGAGUCAAUGCUGAUGUUAUCUGCGCUGAUAUAGCCACCGGGUUAGAUAAAAGACUCGCUGGAUCAGUGGACGUGAUUGUUGUGAACCCGCCUUAUGUGCCAACACCGGAAUACGAAGUUGGAAUGGAAGGUAUCGCCUCUGCUUGGGCUGGAGGUGAGAAUGGCCGGACGGUUAUUGAUAAAAUCUUGCCAGUGGUUGAUGUUUUGCUCUCGGAGAAAGGUUGGCUCUACUUGGUGACAUUAACUUCGAAUUACCCUGUAGAGAUCUGUCUGAUGAUGAGAAAGAAAGGUUACGCGUCGAGAAUUGUGGUACAGAGAUCAACAGAAGAGGAGAAUCUCCUUAUCCUCAAGUUCUGGAGAGACAAGGAUGAUGAUGAUAAGGAGAGCAAGGACAAGGAGGAGGAGAUAUCAUCACCAACGUUUGUUUCUCAGUUUUAUAAAUCUUUAUCAUUGCUUAUGGAGAAGAAACAACGGCGUUGAUACCACAAAGAUCUCAUAAAUCAUUCUUUGUUAUGAAGUUUGUUGUAAGCACUAUGAUUUAGUGGAGUUUAGUAUUUGAUUUUUUGAAAGUUCA